GCGAGCGGGCUGGAUGGGGAGGGCGCCCAGGGUCGCGGGCCGCUGAGCGGGGCCGCGCUGUUGUCGCUGGCCUGGCUGCGCCCCCUCCGCCGCCGCUGCCCCGAGACCGGCGCGGUGGGCUGCUUUGGUGGAGGAGACUGUCUCCACUUUACGUCCCCCCGGGAGCGCGACGCGGGGUGCCCGCCCCGCCGGACAGGUGCUGCCCUUCGAGUCGCCGAUUCUGACGCGGAGCCUGACCUCUGCGGUCCUGAUCGGGCCAGUGCGUGUGGGUAGCCGGAGUUUAUCUUGGAGGAACACGGGCUGCGCAGGUAUAAAACUCAAAACAUGAGCAACCAUAUAUAUAACCAGUGUUCAAAGCUGAUUUGGCUAGAACUGGAAUACAGUUGCCUACAGCAUAUUCCAGAGGAAUUAGAAAAGUCAAAGUAAUGGAUAACAGAAAAGAUCCUCCAUUCUUCAAUGAAGAUAACGUGGGACCACUUUACUACAGACUUCCUUUUUAUGAUACCAUGGAGCUCUUCAUUGAAACACUGACUGGAACUUGUUUUGAGCUGAGAGUUUCACCCUUUGAAGCUAUUAUUUCGGUGAAAGCGAAAAUUCAAAGAUUGGAAGGUAUUCCCAUCUGUCAGCAGCACUUAAUUUGGAAUAACAUGGAACUUGAAGAUGAUUACUGCUUGAAUCAUUACAACAUUUCAGAAGGUUGUACCUUGAAGCUGGUUUUGGCUAUGCGCGGUGGACCUAUAAACACUAGUAGAGUUCCUAUGGAAGAUCCCCUUAAGGAGAUGGCUGAGUACAUGGAUUCCAGUCGAGAUGAGGUCUGGGAGAAGACCUCCUGCAACAAGCAAGUUACACUUUUGGUAUACCAAGAAGGAGAUCAAUUGAAUUUCUUCCGUGUAGUAGACAGGGGAGACGGCACUCUAACACCAUUAUCUGAAUCUUUAAGUAGUGGUUCUGUGUAUAGUUUGUAUGCUGAUGAAGAUGAGGAAAUAGAGCCUUCUCCUUCUGGGCAACAGAUAAUUGAAAAUUCAAUAACUAUGAAUAAGAUGAAGCUGCUGAAGGCUAAGAUGGAGAACAUGAAUCUCAGCAAAAAGGCAUACCUCGGAGAUAUUGCAGAUUUGGUUCCAGACCGCCACAAUAAAGCGAAUAUCACAAUAAAGUUGGGAGUUUUGGUAUUCCAUCAGCCUAAGAAAGCUGUCAAGGUAAAACCUUGUCCACCCAUAGCUCCUCGACCUUCUAGUAGUUCCACAGCAGCUGCUCGCCAUAGAUUGUUAAGAGUUCUUCCCCACAUUGGGCAGUCUUGUUUACCUUCUCCUGGGAACACAUAUCUACCUGACUUGGCCAGCAGUGCAGUUUCAAGUUUGGCAGCUCUGCCCCCUGCUGAUAGACCCAUAUCAUCUAUCACUAGUGAUUUCCUUAAAGAAGAUGAUAACUGGGAGAGUUACACACUGUCUCAUUCCAGUAGUGGCUUCAAACUGCCAUCUCAGGUACCUCAUAUGGAGUUUGAAACUGACAAAGAGCUUGCUGAUACUAUUCUCCAUCUUGGAUCAUCCCUGCCUAGGCGGACAAAGCACUUUUCAGGAAAUCUGUCAUCUAACAAUGAGGAUGACACUGUUUUAUUUCCAACUUCAGAAGAGUGUGUAACUGAAGAAUCACUUCUACCUGAAGUGGGUUCAUUUGCUUCCAUUACAGAAGGAAAUGCUGAUGAACAGAGCAGUGGCGUAGAAGGCACACGGAAGGUAAACCCAGAAUUCUCUCUCAUUAAUGGUGAUAAAGGGUUGAAAGCUAAAGAGCCGCUUAAACAUGUUGCAAAAGUGUUGAAUGGUGAAUCAGUAGAGGCUUCAGUUCUCAAACACCAUGAAUUAAGUCCUCACAAGAAUAGACUCUUAUCACCUCUUCGCUGUUCUGCACCAAUGUCAUUCCAUAAUUCUCUGGUGAAACCACAGAGACAGUCCAAGUGUUUUGAGUCUGGGAGCCUCCAGUCUUCUGCUUCACAAAACGUGCUUCGGUCCUUGGAUGUUCGAAAUAUAACUGAUUCUUCUUUCUCUAGGACUACUCGCUUUCGAGCUGUUAAAGUUGAUUCACCUGGGAAAAGAUCUGAUAUUAUUUCUAAAGUUGAGGCUCGGGAUAUCGCAGAAAUGGCUAACAGGGCAUCCAAAGAGCCUGUUGGUUUUGUAAAUAAUAUAGGUUUUCUUGCUUCGCUGGCCCGGAGCGCAAGCAGAGACAGCUUACAGAGUGCACGUGGGGCAGGCAGGCUGCGGACCUCUGGAAUUGGGCUGUCUGCAAACCUCCAGCAUUUUCAGGAAGAAAGCCUUAGGAAAAGUUCUCCUCAGUUAGAACCUACAGAAUUUUUUUUAUCUGCCCGUGGUAUUGGAAUGAAUGGAAAUAAUACAACAUCAGGGAAAAGAGUAGGAGAAUGUACUCAUCACCUCCCACCUGUGAAAGCCCCUAUUCAAACAAAGAAGAAAACAACAAAGCAUUGUUUUCUUUGUGGAAAGAAGACUGGACUGGCUACUAGCUACGAAUGCAGAUGUGGAAACAACUUCUGUGCAUCUCAUCGCUAUGCAGAAACUCACAGCUGCACCUAUGAUUACAAGAGUGCAGGGAGGAGAUACUUACAGGAGGCAAAUCCUGUGGUUAAUGCACCAAAACUUCCAAAAAUCUAACUCUUGCUCUGCGCCUAACUGUUCUGCACAAGGAAUCGUAUUACAGUGACAGAAGAAAUGUUGUUUAGACUGCAUUAUUUUUGUUCGACUCCAAAAGACUUGCCAAAUAACAAAAGCUUAUUAUGCAUACUGUUGGAGAAUGAGAAAGCUACUGUAUUUGACACCUCUAUUCUUUGGUGAAUCAAAAAGUUUUAAAAGUAGUUUUAAAAACUUUAUAAUGAUGUAGCUUUGUUAUUACAUGUCUUGUGUUAAGUAUUGAUAUUGCAAUUUUACUAAACAAGUCUUCAAAAGAUGCACUUUAGGAAGUUAACAUUGACUGUGUAACCAGCUUCCAUGUUGUACAGAAAUGAGCUGUCAUAUAAUGGCUCUACUCAAAUCUACAGUCUUUUUGUGGGGGUGGUGUGGGUGGGGAUUUAAAAAAAAACCCAUACGUGAAAGUUCAUUGAGUUUACUGGCAAGUUCCUUUUUAUGUCAAGCUUUUUAUAAAAAAAGAACAUUUGGUUUUCCAGUGUGGUUUUAACAUAUGUAUUUCUUCUAUAUUCAGAUUGGCAUUUGGAUAUGUAUCCAUUCUACAAUAUAAAACACAUCAUGUAAAUCAUAGUAUAUAUUUCUUAAAAUAUUGCUUUUUGAAUGGUAGUCCCACUUGUUGCCAUUAAAUAGAGAACCCAACUUUUCACUUUUUGAAAAAUGAGUAUAUUGAAAACAGAAUCUCACAGCUUGGUUUGUUUUUCUUAUGUUGAGUGCUAUUACCAGGAAAAAUUCAAAUAAAUAUUCAAUUUCAUUAUGAUUUUGAUUUGAUUACUUACAACAGUUUUCUCUUAUAAAUACUUAAAAGAUAAAACCAUUUAAAUAAAUCAGUAAUUUAUUCUGCUUGGAAAAAAUGACUAUCAGUAUAAAAGAAUUCUUUUACAGUAUAAGGAUCCUGCUCCCCAGAUGCAGCUAAUACAGCAUUCAAGCUUUGAGGAGGCCACUUGCUUUAUGGAAGCUUAGUUGAAUCUGAUGCUGAACCCUGGCAAAUAGCUAACUGGCAACCCAAGUGGACUCUGCAACUCUAGUCCAACCCAGGUGGGAUGUGCAUGGGUACCAGAGGCUACCAGAGGUGAACAAAAUGGAGAGUUCUGUUACCCUUCCUCUAUUUCUUGUGCUCAGUUGUGUCCAACUCUUUGCAACCACGUGGAAUGUAGUCCACCAGGCUCCUCUGUAUAUGAGAUUUUUUCCAGGCAAAAAUACUAGAGUGGGUUGCCAUUUCCUACUCUGGGGGAUCUUCCUGACCCAGGGAUUGAACCAGCAUCUCUUAUGUCUCCUGCAUUGGCAGGCAGAUUUUUUACCACUGUGCCAGCUGGGAAGCCCUCUACUUCCCUCUACUAUUAGGGGUUAAUAGCAUACUUUUUAAGGGGGGCUAUCUGUAUAGGCUAGUGAAAAAUAUUUCUGUGUCGCGUAGUUCACUUUUUCUUCCCUUUAUCAAGACCACCUGUGCUUUAGAUAUUUAAAAUCUUAAGAACUCUGUUAUGUAGAUAGGCUGCUGAAAAAUGGACCAAAACAUUUUAUUCUAUAGAUAAAAAUGAAUGCUUAGGACAUAUUUGAUAUAUGCUUAGUGCACUAUGCUUUUUAAACCAAGACCAUGCAUAGUAGAAAUCAAUCUUGCUUUAAGUUUAUCAGAGAUUUUGGUCAAAGUUGAGUCUUUUUACUAAUUUCUAAGUCACUGAGAAUUAAACCAGUUUAAUUCAAGAAAUUAUAUCAUUAUUGGGAGGCAUUUCUUUAUGUCUUAAAUUCUUAUGAGAAAGUGAUCAUAAUUUUUAGAGACCUCAGAUCUAUCCUUGAAUUGCUAGUAAAUAGAAUGCCUUACAUAUAGGCACUGGUUGAACAUUAGUUAAAUUAAUUAAUUGUAUUGGACAGUUUAACCAUAAUAAAAAUAAAUGCAUUUAUACUGUUUAUAUAACUGACUUUAAUAAAAUCUAGCUUCUGGAUUUUUUAGAACAGUAAGCAUUUGGUUUUAGCAGCACUAAAAAUGUCUGAAAAAUUUUAACUUUUAACUUGCAAAUAUUUCACAUAGUUUAGUGAAUUUUAGUCAUUCUAAUAUGGAAAUUUCACAUACUAGGAUGUUUUAAAAUUAUAUAAGUGUUGUGACUUAUGGAGGUAUUUAAUUAUGAAAAAGGAAUUAAUUUUCUGAUGUUUAAUAAUAUGGUUUUAUGCCAUUAUGACAGAUAAUUCAGUCUUACAUUUAGCAGUGUUUUCCAAAUUAUGACCCCUAUACCAUUCCUUGGAGAAGGAAAUGGCAACCCACUCCAGUACUCUUGCCUAGAAAAUCCCAUGGACGGUGGAGCCUGAUGCAGGCUACUGUCCAUGGGGUCACAAAGAGUCGGACAUGACUGAGCGACUUCACUAACUAAUACCACUCCUGGAACAUGAGAUGAUUUUAAGUGGUACAGGUGAACAUUUUAAGAAUAAUUAUAUUUUUAAUGUGUAUCAGAAGAAAAAUGUAACUAAGUAACAAGUAGAAAAUAAAUUGAUAUAGGUUAAGAAAGUUGAUUGAAAACUGACAAACAAGGUUACAUACAACAAAAAUUGUAAAAGUAGAUGUGAGUGGCAGGAAUUUAGGAAAAAAGGUAUGAUCUUUUCACUUUUCUUUGAAAAUUAUGUUAAACUUUCAAAGUGAUGAAAGUAAAUUACAUAUUUUUAGGAAAACUAUAAAAGGAUGAAAAAUGAAAGUAAAGAUUUCACCAAAUACCUCCCCAGUCUCUUAAUGAGCUCUAAUUUUUUUGGUAGUUACCAUCAUAAUAGUAGCCAAGGUAAAUAGACAUUAUUUUUUGAUACCACAUUAUUACAGAUAUGGAAUUUAGCAUGAUAAUACAUUACCUUAAGACUUUUACUUUCCAGUUUUUUAGUGCAUUAGUCUGCUCAUGCUGCCAUAACACAAACUACCACGGACUGUGUGGCUUAAACCACAGAAUUAAUUUUCUCACAGUUCUGGAGGCUAGAAGUCCCAGGUCAGGGUUCAGCAGGGUGCGUUUCUGGUGAGCCCUCUCUCUCUCUCUGCCUUUCAGAGAGCUGCUUUCUGACAUGGCCUUUCCUUAGUGUGUACACGUGGAACUCUGACGUCUCUUCUCAUAAAGACAUACAUUAAUAGCAUGACUUCCUUGGCGGGCCAGCGGUUAAGAAUCUGCCUUGCAAUGCAGGGGACACUGGUUUGAUCCCUCUUCAGGGAACUGAGAUCCCACAUCUCCGGAGCAGCGAAGCCUGUGAGCCACAACUAAGACCCAUUGAAAGCAAAUCAAUAAAUAUUAAAAAAAAAACACAUUAAUACCAUGGGAUCCUCUGAUGAUCCUUUCACUCUUAUGACCUCAUUUAAUCUUAAUUACUUCCUUACUCCAAAUACAUCCUCAUUGGGUUUAUGGCUUCAACAUAGGAAUUUGGAGGAGACACAUAUUUAGCCCACAGCAGUCGUUGAGUUACAUUGAUAAAAGUGAAAAUGUUAGUCCCUCAGUCUUGUCUGACUCUCUGCGACCCCAUGGGCUGUAGCCUGCCAGUUUCUUCUGUCCGUGGAGUUGUCCAGGCAAGAAUACUGGAGUGGGUAGCCAUUUCCUCCUCCAGGGAUCUUCCUGACCCAGGGAUAGAACCCAGAUCUUCUAUAUUGCAGGUAGAUUCUUUACCAUCUGAGUCACCAGGGAAGUAUUUCAAAUUCACCUACUCCUCUGCAGUUACCCUAGCCCAUGUUACCAUAGCUUUCACCUGAGCUAUUGCAAUAGCUUCCUCACCAAGCUCUUUGAAUUUAGUUCUAUGUCCUUCAUGACCCAUUUUAUGUUCUUAAAUGUACUGUGCUUGCAGAACCAAAAAAAUUAAGCACAUCAACGUCAAAAUGUAUCAGUGACUCUUCUUAUGUUCUUAUUCUAAGACUCAAAUCCCAACCCUUCUUAUUAGUAAGACCCCUGUAUUCUGGCUUCCAUCUGCAUCUCCAGCCUCAUGCUGUACUGGUUUAUCCACGUUUUCAGGGAUUUGCCCACACUAACUUUUAGUUUUCCUAGCUUGUUUGCCCAUUAACAUCUACUCUAUUUUGUCAGAUGCCAGCUUGAUCAUUACUUUCUGAAGAAAGCUUCCCUGAUCUCUCUCUAAGUCAAUACCCUUUCUUUUACAUUAAUACUUUUGCUUCAUGGAAUAUACCAUGGUAUUAUUUUGAUACUUGUGCUAUCCUUUAAAUUGCACAAGAUGGCAAGUCCGUGAAGGCAGGAAUUGCCUUCCUGUCUGUCUAUCCUUGUUCCCAAGCAUUGCAUAUAAACCCUUGUUAAAUCAACUUUAAGUGAUUAUAUAGUCUUUUCUGCUUUGCUUUUAGGUUGAUUUUACAUUAAAAGGCAAAAAAUAAGUUAAAAUAUUAAAUUUAUAGAAAUAUUAUUGAAGACACAAAUAGCCUGAUAGUAUGAUAUUUUCUUUUCCAUAAUCCAGGGUUGCUAGA